AUGUACAACAAGGACAAGAUCAUGCGGAAGCUCCUUGGCAAGGCUGCCGUCGAGUCGUCGCCGUCCUCGUCCCUCGCAGCAGACAACAAUCCCAACCUCGGCGUCACAUCUGCCCCAUUCACACCCGCCACAAACUUGCGACCAAGCGUUUCGCAAGAUGCUGCGUACAAUGCCGGCGUGCCCAUUGACUGCAUCGAUCGGUCUCCCGACGGCCAGAGCGCCAUUCUCGCGGGGAGGCACAUACUGAAGACGGUCAAGCUCAAUGGAAAUACGAUCCAAGACGGCAUCGACAUUCGUGCUGCCAUCCUGGCUCAGCCUUUCAUGAAGAACUCAGUCAAUUCGAGCUCAGAUCAACUAUCAAUCAAGGACGUCAAGUGGUUGCGGGGCAGAGGCGACACCACCAUCUUUACGGCAUGCGCCAGUGGCAAGAUCUUCCAAUAUGACCUGACACGCCUUGGCGGAGGAGCUGACGGAGCGCCCAUGGAGGUCAUACAAAUGAGGGAGGACUCGCGACAGAUCAACACCCUGGACAUCAAUCCGCGAUCAUCCUAUCUUCUCGCUGGAAGCCAGGACGGCAUCGUGCGCUGCUUCGAUAUCAUGAAUCCUGUCCGGACCCACACCGGCCACCUCAGCUUCAGGGCAGUACAGGCGUUCAAGUGCAACGCUGGCGGCGUCCAAUGUAUAAAGUGGUCCCCACACGCAGACGGGGCUUGGUCUUUUGCCUGCGGCACAGACCAGGGCGUCGUACUGAAAUGGGACAUUCGAAAGGCAACGGCCCCCGUACUGAGGAUCAACGCCCACGACAAGGCUUGUUCCACUCUUGCUUGGCAUCCAGAUGGCGACCACAUCGUCAGCGGUGGUUGGGAUAACAAAUGCCAUGUUUGGGACGCAUCCACAAAGGCUGACAAGAGGCAGAAGCCCAAAUGGACCAUCAGCACUCCGGCGCCCGUGUCUGAUGUGGCGUGGCGACCUGGAACGUGGUCUGCCACUGCUCAGGGCAAGAGGGCAGCACAGCUAGCAGUCUCAUACGAGGGUGGCAGCCAUGGUCGUAAUGGCAUCAAUGCAUGCCACGUAUGGGAUCUCGCCAGGCCUACAAUGCCUUUCAAGGAGGUCUCGAAAUUUGACGCUUCGCCUAGCGCACUCCUAUGGCAUGACCAGGACCUCCUUUGGACCGCUGGCCAAGACGGCUUGUUCAACCAGUUCGAUAUUGCCUAUGCCCGGAAAGUCGUUGACCGCACUACGAUGUCCGUCGUGGCCUUCUCGUCUCGUGGGGAUGUGGUCACUUUUCUUGAUGAGCGCCCUCAGGUGCGGCGACCUCACCGGCCCGUGGUGUCCGCGGAGAUGCUGCCGAACCGUGCCUCUUACACCUCCACUCCCACAGUCCCAAUGCUCAGCAUCAGCCGUAGUGACUCGGAAGAUGAAGUCGCUGGAAACUUUUUGGGGGCAAGACGAGCGAGGCCAAAACACAGGCGAGCUCCUACCAGCAGCCGUUCCGUCCAGGCGCUUAGCACCACCCCACCCGGAGGACCGGACUCGCCGGUGAUGGCUCUCGAGCAGUCAAUCAAGGCUUCUGGCCUUUUCAGAUCUCAGCAAGCUAUGACUAUUGGCCGAGCCCCAUCUGCGGCGAAUGUCAAUGUGUACGAGUAUCUCUCCUCCCACUAUCUCGAGACAAUCCAUGAUCUCUUGCCUUACAAGCGCGGGGCAGAGUCAUUGGAUCUCCGUAUCCAAGCCAUUCUUGGCCGCUAUUCCAAGGCCGCGGAAAUGGUCGGCCAGUUCCGUCUAUCUCAAGUUUGGAAGGCACUGGCAUUCGCCAUGAGCCUGUUGCUGGAGAGGAGGGCACAGCACCACCUCGAUCGGCGGACCGGUGAGUUGGAAAGGUCCAAUAAGGCGAUGGCAAAACUGCUGUCGAAGUCGCCUGCCACUUUAAAAGGGAUUGAUGAGAUACCCAAGCUUGGUCAGGUUCAACUGGCCCAGUCUGGAUUGACAGAGCCGGAAGCAGCAUUUGGGGGCGGUCUCAAGCAUCCUGCGAGCGUUGAGCGAUCAAGCCAUCUUCGCUCGUUGCUGUCGGAGGAAUUCGAGAGCACAUCUCAGACAGCUACCCCGCUCGCUCGACCUGUAGACGGUGGGAAUGAAAGCGGCAUCGAGGCAAUCGAUCACAUCCGCGAGCUUGAAGACCACCAUUUUGAGUAUGGGAAGAAGCUCACCCCCGUGCAGGAGGGCGAGAGCUUCACACUCCCUCCGCCGGUCAGACGACCCGCUCAACGACAGCGACUCGAUUCGGAACCGCUCUCUACCUUCAGUCAUGAUAGCGACACCCAUGCAAGCACGGAGGGGUAUGAUUUCUAUGAUACGGACGCUAUCAGUCAGGCGAUUGAUGUACCGGGCGCGAAGCCGAAAUCGGAUCAGGUGCCACCACUAGGUACUCCAAGCAGCGCGAGAAGGGCUGUCACGAGGCACGACUCAGACGAGUCCUUUGGGCAGAUGUUCUCGAUCUCGAGCGGAAGCAGGCAAACCACAGGCCUGACUGCGUCCUCCUCAGGUUCUAUGCAGCGUCGGACACAUAGAAUUACGGGUGUAAUGCCCUCCAAUCCGCAGCUUGCUCGCAGCGCCAGCACGGGGGAAUAUGAAAGCAGAAUCAGGGGAGCAAAAUUGGAAUCCACCGGCACUCCGAAGCUUCAGCAUCGAACCUCCGCUCCGGCCGGACCUGAUGAUGGCGCCGUGACGCAGUCUACCGACGAAGACCAUAUGAUUACUCAAACAACCAUGGACAGCAUCGAUUCGGGAAGAGGUGAUUCACAUCCUAGGCCUGAUAGCUACCCGCAGUACACGUCCCAGACCGUUUCGCUUGGCGUGAGCCCUUUGGAUUCGUUCGAAUUUAGUCAAGACCCAGAACAGCCGCAAGAGACAGAUUAUCUGCCAUGGUCAGACGAUCCACGGUAUCCACAUCCUAUCGCUUGGGAAGAUGAUGCACCUCCACGCCCUAGUCCUCUCGACCCAUACAAGCUCGUAUCCCGAGCAGUCAAAUUCGAGGCCACAAAGUCGGCACUCAACGCAUCAGCCAUGGUCCUUCUUCUACGGCCGCUGGUGUCCGACGUCAACGAUGUCAUAGAUGCUUUUCAGGCUGCUGCAAUCAUCAAACAGCAACAUUCCCGUCUCAUGGGAAUGAAACUGUUCCCACAGGCAGCUCUUCUUAGAAAUCUUUGCAUCAAAGGCUGGCCUGGUGGGCCACUCCAGCAAUGGGGCGAAGACUACCCAGCGGUGUUUAGGCCCGCACAGUCCAACAACAAGGCUGCAUUCCUGUGUCAAGACUGCCAUAAACCAAGAGAGAUCGAUCGGCGCAACAUGGAGACGCAGUCGGCCAAUCAAAUUUGGCGAUGUGAACGAUGUAGCUCAGUCAUGGCUGCAUGCGCCAUAUGCCGCCAUCGCGAAACACCAGAGACCGCCAGUGAAGCGACCGAGAUCUCUCCUGAACUGCUACGCACAGUAGUUGAUGGGCAAGGCGACGAAGCUCUUAUGUCAACCUGGUGGUAUUGUCACGGAUGUGGACACGGCGGACAUGCGUCGUGUCUCGCAGGAUGGCACACCGAGGUCGUCGAUGAUGAAGCCUCGUCAUUUGAUGAUGGUCCCGAAGGACUCUACUCGGAUGGCUGCUGUCCGUUCGAUGGAUGUGGACACGCCUGUCUUCCUGGAAAAUACCGUGCCGAAAACAACGUGGCUAGGACAGAGCAAGUAUCACGUGCUGUGAGGGAAGUCAAUCGGAAUGUUUCACACGCGAGCGGGACUGCAUCGCCACGAUUUGGAGCAGGGCGCUACAGUACUGGAGCACUAGACGAACUUGCCCAGCGAGUUGGCAGGCGACGGACUGGUGAGACGAGUCUUGAGGGCAGCAUCCACGACCUCAACGAAGUACCGCAAAGCAAAGCUGUGGAAUCCGUCCGAGACAGCCUAGCAAGCGGCCAUGCGAGUCCCAUGGGCGGCCUAGGCAGGGCUACGAGCGCAAUUCAUCUCGGGCCCAGCAGUGAGAGACCGAAUACAUCUGCGGCGAGCAUACUGAGUUCCAGCCCUGGCAGAGGCGGCGGCAUCAGCGGCGACAGGGAGCGCAGGAAGAGCGUGAAGUUUGCAGGCAGUGCUACGGUCGUCUCAGCGGAUGACGGAACGCCAAGGAGACAGUAG